AUGCAUCAGCAUCAACAACAACAUCCACAACAUUCACAUAUACAUCAGGCAAUAUACGCUCGACAGCAACAACAACAACAAGAAGCUAAUAUAUUAUUCCAUCAAUAUAAUCAAUUUCAAUUACGUCCAAUUCAAAAUGGCUAUUCUAAUCCAUCUCUUACAUAUGAACCACAAAAACAACAACAACAAUCACAAUCACCACAACAACAACUAUAUAGACCUGAUCAAUUAGUACCACAAACUGCAACUCAAAUUCCAACACCUGUUCAACAUCAACAACUUCAACAGCAACUUCAACAACAUGUUCAACAACAAAUUCAACAGCAAAUGCCACGUUCAAGUCCAGUGAAUAUGAUGCAAGUUUCACCAACUGACAUUUGGCAUAGUGGUAGUCCUAUACUCACAAAUACCGAACCAUUUCGUCCUAUUUCACAUACAUUAUCUCGUACACGACUUGAUAUUCAUUCAUUAAAUGCACUUGCUAAUAGCAUUGGUAGCAAUCCAUCUUCACCUCCAUUAAAUGCAUCAUUUGAAUCACCUAAAACAGUUCAUUUUAUUCAAGGAAAACAACAAUCAGCAGAUAAUCGUCGACGACGUCAACGUCAACACAGUGGUUCAAGUUGUUAUGAAUCCGAUUCUCCUGAUACAUCAAGUGAUGAUGAUGAUGAAUAUAAAUGGCGAUUAGCAAAAGUAAAUAUCGUUGAAACAUUAUCAUCAUUAUCAAAAAAGAAACGAUCAAAUUCAAUGGGUCGAACAGAUUCACAACCAAAUGAACAAGAAUCAAAAGAUAUUUAUCAAAAACCUCGUAAUAAUAAUGUAGUUUUUCCUGCUAUUAAUAAUAUUUAUCAAAAUAUUCCAAAUAAAACUAAUAUUACUGGUAAUCGUUCAAGACUUAUUCAAUAUAUCGAUGAAAACAUUAUUGGAAAAGACCAUGUUUUUCUUGGGCCAUGGGGAUUUCGUCGUAUGAUCUAUUGUGACUAUACAGCAUCAGGUCGACCACUUGAAUUUAUUGAAAGUUAUUUACGAAGUCAUAUCCUUCCUUUAUAUGGUAAUACACACAGUGAAACAAGUCUUUGUGCUCAACAAUCAACAAAAUUUCGUGAAGAAGCACGAAAUAUAAUUAAAAAAUCCGUUAAUGGUAAUGAUAAUGAUGUUUUAAUAUUCACGGGCACCGGCACAACAGGCGCUGUUCAUGCACUUGUUGUUUGUUUUGAUCUUCAUGAUGAAACUACAAGGAAAAAUACAGUUGUUAUCAUUAGUGCAUUUGAACAUCAUAGUAAUAUAUUACCAUGGAAGGAAACAGGAGUCGAAUUAAUUCGUGUACCAACAACACAACACGGUUUACUUGAUAAAGUAUUUCUUAAGGAAAAACUACAACAUUAUGCAAAAUUAAAAAAACGUAUUAUCUGUUCAUUGAAUGCUGCAAGUAAUAUAACGGGCAUAUAUACUGAUGUUGAUAGUGUAUCAACACUUGUUCACUCAUUUUCCGGUUUAAUCUUUUGGGAUUAUGCAACAGCAGCACCUUAUGUUAAAAUCGAUAUGAAUCCAUCUGCAACAGCAUAUAAAGAUGCUGUAUUUAUAUCACCUCAUAAAUUUGUUGGUGGACCAGGUACACCAGGUGUUUUAAUAGCCAAGAAGAAUCUCUUUAGUUUGAAAGCACCUAAAUCAGCUGGUGGUGGUACAGUUAAUUAUGUAACUCGUACAGCUACUGAAUAUAAUCAUAGUAUUGAAAUUCGCGAAGAAGGUGGUACACCGGAUAUAAUUGGAUGUAUACGAGCUGGUCUUGUUUUUCAAUUAAAAGAUUCUCUUGACCUGACCUAUAUUCAAGCACGUGAAGAUGAAUUAGUUAAAAGAUUUUUUCGUCGUUGUAAAAAACUUGAUAACUUAAUUCUUCUUGGUUCUCAAACAGUAGCACGUUUACCAAUAUUUUCAUUUGGUAUCUAUAUUCCAGGUGUAUGCAAAUAUUUACAUCAUAAUUUAGUUUGUCGUUUAUUUAACGAUUUAUUCGGUAUACAAGUAAGAUCAGGUUGUGCUUGUGCAGGACCAUAUGCACUUGAUUUAUUAAAUGUAAAUGAUGUUAAAUCAGAUAUCUAUGCUAUGUUUAUGACAGAAGAUGUUCGUUUACGAGGAAAUGAUAAAAUUGUUCGAACAAUGUUAAUGAAACCUGGCUUUACCCGACUUAAUUUACCUUAUUUUGCAAGUGACGAAGAAAUUGAUUUUAUUAUUGAUGCUGUAGAAUUUAUUUCUAUUCAUGGGUGGAAAUUUUUACCUCUAUAUACAUAUGAUCCAACAUCAGGCGGAUGGGAACAUAGGAGUGGUUUUCAAUUAGCUCAAUCGAGCCUUGAAGAUAUUACAUAUAAAGCUGGUAAAAUGCAAUAUUAUGCACGACGAAGUGACUCAUCACCUCCACGAGGAGAAAAAAAUCUUCCGGAUCCAGCUCGUGAAGCUAAAUUACUUGCUGUUGAAGCUGUACGACAUGCUAUUGAAACUAUUGAUUAUACAUCUGAUCCACCAUUAAAUGUACCUGAUAAAUAUAAAAAUAUGGUUUGGUUUGCAUUACCUAUUGAUAUUGCUUUAAUGAUGAUAAAGCAAAACGAAACAGGACAAGAAUCCAAUGGUGAUAUUCAUAGUAUUCCAUUUAUACCUGACGACGCAAAAGCACGACUUUUAGCUUCAUCUAAAGCAAAAUCUACAAUAAACGUACGUGAUGCUGCACUUAAUAAAAAGAAACCAUCACCUAAUAAUCUUUCAUCAUCAACAUCUCGAAUGCGUUAG